AUGGAUGGGGCCGAGACGGCCUAUUCCGUGAGCAUGGGCCACGUGUUCUGCCUCUUGUGCGUGCUCCGUGCCAUGUGCCGCUGCCAUGCUUACUCCCCACCCGCUUCUCCAUCUUCCCCUUCCCCACUCCUCCCCACUUCCCUUCCCACCUCUCCCCCGCCCCCUAACCCGUUCAGCAUGGCCCACGUGUUCUGCCUCUGCUGCGUGCACCGUGCCAUGCCGCCCUACAGCCCCCCUUGCCCCUUCCCCCACUCCUCCCCCCCCCCCUCUCUCCCCCACUUCCCCUUCCCCUCUCAGCGUGCGGGCAGGUGUUCUGCUUUUGCUGCGUGCACCGUGUGCCAAGACGCCCUACAGCGAGCCGCUAAGAGCCGCUAA